AUGAAAAAAAGAUGCCCAAUCUACACUUAUUAUACGUCUCUCUCCGCAUCGGUUGAUCAUGCAUUAACGGAAAUGCUAGAACUAUGGGGUUAUGCAUUCUAUGCGCAAGGAUUUUUUCCUGUUAUUCUCAAUCAAAAACACGCAGAAUCAAGGACGGAUUUCAUAAAUAUUUCAAAAAUAUUCUCAAAAUUUACAACCGUAAAUCCAGCUGAAUAUGAACUGAGCUGUUAUCUUCGUUGGGUGGCAUUGCACCAGCAAGGAGGUGGUUUUCUCAUGGACUAUGAUAUUCUGCCAAUGAUCAGUCCGAGAAGUGAAAACAUGCAUACGUUUAGAACAUGUAGAUGGGGCCGUUUGACCACAUAUGCAAACAUGAGCCCAAUGGUCACUCACGGAAACACUUCUGAAAUCGAACAAUGGAUUCAAUACAUGUUGAAAUUCAAAACAUCAGACUUCAUAAAGAUUUCAGGAAAACCACAUAUUUCUGAUAUGUAUAUGGCGAUGCAUGCAAUUGAUCAUACGCCUGAACUUUUUACAGUUGGAUCGAUUUUGCCAUGGUUUCAUUACAGUUAUUAUGCGAGACACAGUAUGUUCAGUCAUAUCAAACUUUCUGCUGCUCAGACUGAAAUAGUUUUGCCUAUCAAUAAAAAUAUUGCCCAAAUUGCCCAUAUCUUUUUUUAUACACAACACAAGUUUGCCCAUAACGCUAAAAAUCCUGUAUACGCCAUUGCCAGGAAUCAACACAUUUAUCACUUCUUACACCAUAAUGUAUAUUUACCGAUUUCUGCUUCUCUUUCACCAUAUUCUACACUGCUUGUUCGAUCGUUAACUUUAUGCGCUGAUAUCAUAACAUCAUACAACGAUCUUGAUAACAUAUGUACAUUUAAUCACAAAAUUCAUGAUAUUUGUCGAUUCAUUACUAUAAAUGGAUCUUGGUCACCAAACAACGCAAAAACUGGUAAGUGUACAUGGAAAAUUGGUCCUCCAGAUAAUAGAGAGCAAUGGGGUAUCGUAGAUGCACCUAUUCGCGAGCAAGAACCAUUUGUCGUAGCUGUUUUACCACUACCUGAAAUCUACCGUUGGCGUCGCUGGUUGAAAACAGCCUCGUUAAUCUUAAGAAACUCAACCGUAACUGCUCUCGAAUUUCGUACAUGGGCUUCAAAUCAAUCCACUACUCUCAUGCUAGAUGAGUUAAUUCCACUGAGCGUUGAUCCGCGGCAAAAUGAUGGACGUAUAGAUCGUGCUAUAAAUGCAAUUCGAAUGGGUCAAGCUCUAUUGAUAACUGAAGAAUUUUUUAUUCAAAUUUAUAAAAAUGGAGGCAAUGAACAGCUAAAACGAUGGAUAAGCGCUCGCCUCGGUUUUUUUCUCACAGUUUCAGAUAUUGAUCUUGAUUCGAAACAUGAAAAGCCAAUUGCUCUAGACACAAAACUGUUUUCAGGAGAUCGUCGUUUUUAUUCUUUAGUACAAAAAGAGAAUCAAGAAUGGACGAAAAAUUGGAACUAUUGGCAAGGCAAUUUUCAGUCGAAUGUUAUUGGAAUAAAAACAUAG